UGUGUCAUGCAUGUGUCUGUCUGACAGUAGACAGGACGAAGCGGUGUUAUGUUUAGUUAUGUUUAGAUUUGAAAUAAACGCGCAAAAUUCAGUGAAUGUUGCUUAAAAGUUAUGUUAAAUAGUAUAAAACUUAUAUUUCCUCCGUUUGUUUUAAUUUUAUUUAAAGUAAGCAAUGGAUCGUGGUAAAAUGCCGUCUACAGGGCGCGGAGCAAAGAGCAAGGCUCCACAGCACCCUCAAGAUAUCUUUGCAUUGGGAACUAAGUCCACCGUCGUGGUUUCUAGAGAUGCCGAGAAGAGAAAUAUUCAUAAGCCUUCCACUAGCGCAGCAGAUCGUAAAAGAGAUGCAUCAAGCUAUGGUAGUCAACCUCCAAGUAAGCGUUCAAGGAUUGGAUCUCCUGCUGAAACUACUGGGGGAACGUCUUUGGAAGUAGACCCUGUUGACCUUGUACCUAAUGUGUUACAAGCACUAGACACUCACAAUUCUGAUAAACUGCUGGGUUUAUUAACAGGCUCCAUACGUCUUUUGAAAUCUCAGCGUUCAAAACCAGAUCCAAUACUGGCAAUGAGUCUCCUAUACCUGACAAAAAUAAGACCCAAUAUGUUUGCUCAUGACACUGUUACUCAGAGCCUCUGUACGCUGCUGAAAAGGGAGCAAGGAGCUGCAUUCAAGAACAAAGGCAACCCUCUUGUGUUUGUACUGGCUUGUAAUAUGUUGUAUGCUGGUCACAGAGAUAGUACGAAUUGGCCAGAUAUAUUUAUAAAGGUUUAUAUAGAAGAUGCCCUAAAUGAACGUUGGUGGGUGGAGUGCUCUUGGUGCAAGUGCCUCGUUGAGAAUAUUUUGACUGCUUUCGGCACAAAACAUCCGCCUGCCAGUCUGAAACCUACUGAAAGUACUUUAGGUACAAUGUCACCCUCAGGAUCCGGUUCACCUCUAAUGGGCAGCACCGAAGAUGAUGUAGACAACACUGAAUUGGAGUAUACAGUGUUCCCAAGGUAUUCAAGUAGUUAUGAAGCAGUCGAGGGCCUGGUCAUGGAAGCAAUCAAGGAUCAGAUACAGCGACGCUCGGCCGCUCCUGACGCAAUAGGGAAGGGAUUCCUCAAACUGCUCUCUGCUACUUGUGGCUUUCCCGAAAUCCGCAUGGUGGCAGCGUCGCGUCUCGAAGCUUGGCUACACUCCGGCAAACUGUGGAAGGUGGCUCAGGAGCUACUGGCCUACGUGUGCUGCAACUGCGAGCCGACUGCACCAAGAGACCACGAGGUGCUGGCCCAGCUGGUGCGGAUGCGGCUGAAGACGAAGCAACUCCAAUUGGCUUAUCAGGCUUGUCUCAGGGAGAUGGUGUCCGAGAGCCCGGCGCUGCUCCGGAGCGUGGUGACGCACACCGUCUACAACGAGCUCUCCAACGUGCGCUCGCCCAACAACCUCGCCGUGCUCGCCGCGCUCGUGCACGCGCAGCCACAGCUGGCGCCCGCAGCGCUCGCUGACACCUUCCAGGAGCUGUUGGUCCGCUCGGAGGACUACCUGCGGCCGCUGCGUGCGCUCACCCGCGAGUGCGUGCGCGCGGCGCGGGCCGACUCGCACGCCCUGCUGCCGCUGGCGCGCGCGCUCGCCGCACCGCCUCCGCACGACCCCCCCGCCGAGGUUAGGGAGCGAGCGUUCGCCUCCCUGGCGGACCUGUUCUGCUGCUGUUGCCUGGUGACGGCUUCCCACAGCAAGCACCAGCCGGAGUACCGCCAGCAGCUGUGCGGGAUCCAGGCGGCGGCGCUGGGCUGGCUGCAGGACACCGCCGUGCCCGUGUACCGACCCUCCAGGCACGACUGCCAGCUCGCGCUCAACAAGAUAAUGUUCGUGGAGAGCGCGGACGCGUACAGCAAGGCGGACAACUGGCCGCCGGAGCCCGAGCGGGGCGCGCUGCACCGCCUGUGCUGCGAGGCGCCGCUGCCGCAGACCACGCUGCUCCGACUCAUCUUCAUCGGCCUCGCCAAGGAAGUGCCGGUGGCUCCAGCUGAAGUGUUCGAGCUGGUGGAACAGUUGGUGCGGAGAGCUUGUGCCCUGCCUCCGGAAGACAAUCCUCUACAGGUCGACAAGCUGGAGAUAGCCGACCUAAUUUUCCAGCUGUGCCAGUUCAAUCCUCCGGACAACAUCACUUUGCCGCAGGGGUACAGUCCCCCUCCUCUCGCGAUAACGUCGCUGUACUGGCGCGGAUGGUUACUGUUGACCAUGAUCGCGGCGCACAACCCCCAGCAGUUCGCGGAGCGCGCCGCCACCACCUACCCCACCCUGCGGGCGCUCAUCGAGAUGUGCAUCACCAACAAGCCGAGCAUCGAGUGGGGCAGCGGCACGGGAGUGGAUGCGGAGCGCGCGGAGGCCGAGCGGGCAGCCAUCCUGCAGCUGGAGACGCACCUGGCCGCCGCCAGCAACGCCAAGCUGCCCGUCACCGAGCACAACUCCAGGCUGCUCAGUCAGCUGACCACCCUGGAGCCCCUGGGUGCCCCUCGCAAGCCGCCCCAAGCCAUCAUCGAGUCGCUGCAAGCGCUGAACGCGCAGCUGCGCCUGGGGAAGCUGCUGUGCCGCCAGCCCGCGCUGCUGCUGGAGCUGGUGGAGCGGCACGGCACCCGGCGCGCCAUGCCCUGGCUGCUGCAGCUGCUGAGGCACGACCAGCUCGAGCUGAGCGUGUUGCCGGUGCAGUGCCUGUGCGAGUUCCUGUCGUCGGGCGGCGGCGCGGGGGAGGCGGGCGAGGCGGGGGGCGCGGAGGGGCGGGCGGGCGAGCUGUGCGCGCACGUGCGCCGCACGCUGGCGGCCUCGCCCGCCGGGGCGCGCGCCGUGCUGCUCUACUACGUGCAGCGCCUCGCGCACGCGCACAAGCACACGCGCGCGCGGGCCUCGCGGGGCCUGAAGUUGGUGCUGAGUCAAUCCUCAGAAGACACGAACGAAAUGGAUUUUAGCGCCGAAGUUAAUCCCGAAGAGUGGCUGGAGCUGCUGUGGGAGCUCCGGCACUGGGAGUCUGUCCGCGAGGAGGUGGUGGCGAGGAUUCGGGCGGCGUGCCUGGUGGAAUGCAUCCCGAGGCACGUGGCCGCCUACAUCGACUUCCUGGCCAGCUACGCAGCCAAGACCCCCCACAAGCUGCAUACCGAGAUCGUGCUGGACCUCUGCCAAGUGCUGAUGGAGCGGUCGACAGUGAUGAACAGCGUCCUCGGCGGAGCGUCGGGCCCCUCGCACCCGGAGCAGCAUCGGACGCUGCUGGCGCUCACUUCGCUCUUUUACGAUCAUCUUCAAAAGGUCCGCAACAAUACCUUUCCCGAGGAGGAGGAGGGCGAGGGCGGGUGGCCGGGGGGCGAUAGGAUCUCGCUGCAGUUCUCCCCGGGGCGCCGCACGGACUUGCCGCUCGUCAUAGCGCAUGCGCACCUCAAGCUCUUGUGCUACGGACCCUCUGCUAAUAUACAAAGGCAUGACAGCGCAAUGCGCGUGUUUGAUUCGGUGGCAGUGGACACGGAGCAGGCCAUGUACAGCGGGCUGGCGGGCGCGUGGCUGGAGGCGGUGGCGGGCGCGGGGGGCGCGGGCGCGGCGGGGGGGCUGCUGCCGGACUGGCUGCGGCUGCACCUGGUGCGCUCCGCCCGCCCCGCGCUGCUGGACGCCGGCCUGCGCUCGCUGCCCGCACACAAGCUCGCGCUCUUCAUACAGACCUUCGGCAUGCCAGUCUCCGCCAUGAGCGCGCUGCUGGGUGCGCUGGACGCGUGUCCCGCGGGCGCCGUGGUGCGGCUGGGCGUGGAGCGCGCCUACAUGACGCAGCUGCUGCGCGUGCAGCGGGCGCGCGGGGCGUGCGGGGGGGCCGCCUUCGCCGCCGCGCUCCGCCUGCAGCCGCCGCACUACCCGCCAGACUUCAAUCUGUUCGCCUCGGAGCCACUGCCCGAGGAGGCGGAGGGGGAGUGGGGCAGCGCCGCCCCGCCCCCCCGGCUACAGCUGGAGCUGGUGCCCACACUUCUGGCCGCCGUGUUCUCCGGGACGGUCGUGUUCCCGGGAGAUGUAGACACCUCAUUCACCAAGCUCAUCGCCGAGGUGACGAACGAGACGUCGAACAACAAGUACAGCCGCGUGCCGAAGCUGUACUCGUCGUGCGUGACGUCAUUCCUGCUGCAGUGCUGCUCGGCGACGGGCGUGCUGUCGCUGGCGCGCCGCCCCGACCUCGCCGCGCCGCUGCUGCGCGCGCUGCGCCCCGGGCCCCAUCUGGCGUCGUCCCUCCUGUCGCACUGCAAGUGUCUCUCCGGUCCCGUGGUGACCAUCCUGCGGGGCCUGGUGCGCGCCGACCCCGCCGUGCUGCCCGACCUGCCGCCCAGGGCAGACAGGGAACAUCUUGUUGCGCUAUUGGAAUCCGCCACUCCGAGUACACUGGAAGCGAUCGGGAACAAGAUCAUCGAGAGCCAGGACACCGCAGUCGUCGUCGACGUCAUCUCGCUCAUACUGGAGAGAAACCAGGAAGGCUAUUACGAAAAUAAGGUGAAACCCGAAGACGGUAUAGAAUGUGAUGCUCCGUUGUUCUCGAACUCCGGUCGAGGCUGCGGCCUGCUGCUGGACUGGCUCUCGGAGCUCCAGCAAGAGACCCUCGGGCCCGAUCCACAUAAGCAGAUGCAGCUGAUGUUCCGCGCGGGAGGGGGGGCCGCGGGGGGCAGCGUCGGCGGCAGCUGGCGCCCCCUGCUGGUGACGCUGUUGGCGCACCGGGCCUCCUGGCGCACCCUGCACACCUGCCUCACCAUGCUGCUCGACCACCCAGGGGACUGGGCGCCGGGCUCCGUGCUGAACCUGCUGGAGACGCUGUGCAGCUCGCCGCGGCUGUGCCAGGGCCGGGACAAGGCCGCGCCCAAGCACCACCAGCCGCCCGACGCGCUGCGCCUCACGCACCGCCAGGUCGGCGUGCUGGUGGGCUACAUCGUCAGCGAGGGGGUGCGCGCCGAGCGGGGCGGCGGGGAGGCGGCGCUGCGCCGGCGCGUGGAGGCGCGCCUGCCGCUGCUGCUGCGCUGCUGCGCCACGCCCCCCGCGCUGCUGGCCGCCGCCCGCGCCGCCGCGCACCACCACCCAGUGCUGCUGCUCAUGCUCUAUCUCAAGGUUCCGAAGACAGCCGAGCUGCUGCGUCGCGCGGAGUCUCGCGGCGGGCGGGGGCCGGGCGGCGGGUUGGGGGGCGGGGCGGGCGCGGGCGCGGCGCGAUGCACGCCCAGCGCCACGGACCAGCCCACGCACACGCUGCUCACCGCCAUCACCGCGCCGCACCACGCGCACACCAAGGAACACACGCAGAAGCUAUGGCGCAUGGAGGCCGACAUCCGCUCAAUGUGGGCGCGCGUGGAGGGUGCGGGAGCUAGAGCCUUGCCCCUGGCCGGAGCCCUACUGCGCGGGGCCGGCGCCCUGCACGCAAAGCAACAUCAGUACCUACUCUCCGCACUCGAAGUGUUGCCAGACUCGGAGAUAUUUGCACCCGCUGUGAGCGAGGAGAUCCACAGCAUCCUGGAGUGCUUCGUGCAGAUGGUCCGUCAGACGGAGGGCGGGUCGAGCGCGCUGAGCCACCGCGUGGCCGCCCUGCUGCGCCGCUACCUGGCCUGCCGCCCGCCGCGCGCCGCCCUGCUGCUGCACCAGCACCGCGACGCCAUCGCCUCGUCCCCCGCCCUGAGCGGCGUGUCGGAGGGCGAGGGAGGGAGCGGCAGCUGGAGUCCUCCUCCGCACGCCGUGCGCGCGCUGCAGCGCCGCUCCGACCCGCCCGACACGCUGCACUGGCUGGUGCAGGAGGUGGAGGCGUGGGGCGCGCGGCGUGGCGGGGGGUGGGGCGGCGCGGAGAGCGCGGGGGGCGUGCUGCGCGCCGUGGCGCCGCUGGCCGCGCACGCGCACGCGCCGCUGCGGCUGGCCGCGCUGUCGCUGCUCGCCAGGCUGCUGCCGGCCGCGCCCGACCCCGCCCCGGCCUUCGAAGCAAUAAUGGAGUGUCUGGAAUGUGACCAAGCGGAAAUAGCGCAGUCUGCCCUGGAGAAGCUCCCGGAGCUGGUGGUGGGCAUGCAGGAGUACGCCGCCGCGCUGCUGGCCGCCGUCUUCGACCUGGGAGUCCGCGGGAGACUCAACGUGGAGACGCACCUCGCCAAGACCAUUCAGACGCUGAACCUUCACCGGGCCUGCUAAUAUAUUAUAUGCUAAUUAAUACAUUUUGUUCCGAUGUUCUCAAUCUGGAUUAAAGCAGUUUGGGUGUUCUGUGCGACUUUAGCAUGGCGGUUGGACACCAGAAUGAUUACUUUCAUCAAGAGUCAAUAUUACUGACUAUGUACAGUCAAUUGUAGGGACAAUUGUUCCUAUUACCCUAUUAAGACCCGUUUAGCAUGGAGAUAUUUAUAAGAAUUAUAGUAUUGUUCUAAAUAAAGUAGGCUACUUACGCGCAAACUUAAUUCUAUAGAUAUGUAGAUUUCGGGACAAUGGGUCACUUCUCGCUUCCAUAAAAUCCACGUAUAUCUCAACAUGACUUUUGUGACAAAGAAACUUUCUAUAAACGUUUUAAUAAAACCACCAGGAUAGCUUAGAUUAAGGCCCGUAAUAUCAAUCCUAGUUUAAACUAAAAUCGAAAGAUUAAGCGCUCAAUGACGACGGGCUCGUAAUCUCAAUUAUAGUCAACCUCUCCUUCGGAGUUUCAACAAUUUCGAAGUUCGAGUUGGGUUUAAACUGUUCUUUACAAAAUGGCCGCUUGAAGUCAACAGAGCUGUUGUUUAGUGUCGAACUUAGUAAAUAUAAAUAUCUAUAAACUUAUGCCCAUAUUAUGCUAUAAAUAUCUAUAAACUGGAUUGCACCAGGCUCAAGUAAACACAACAAAACAAACUGUUGAAUUAUUUGGCUAGUUUGGACCAAGUUAGCUCCUUCAUCUGAUUAUUCACAAAGUAAAUUUUUAUUAAAUUUUCCCAUAUUGCUUCUAAACUUUGUAAGAAAUCGGUUUUUCAACCAAUCAUGCUAACAUUUUUUUUUUAAUAACGUCAAGUACAGUAAAGUUCUUUCAACUUGAGACAUAAUAAAAGUUUGAAAAGAAUGAAUUGAACAAAAAAUAUUGCAAAACAUCAUCUCAGUUUAGCUAAAUUAAGUUUGUUUUCGUAUUGAUAUUACGAAAGAAGUUGAAUCUAUGGAUCAAACUUGACCUAAGUUUUGUUAAUCUUUGGUUUAAACCACAAUCGAUGUUACGGGCCUUAAGUGACAAUAGUUCUCAGGAUUCAAGGAAGUUCGAACGGAGCAAAAACCGAAAUUAUGUGUCAAGAACAUUCGAAAGAUUUUUUCACAAAGGUACUUCACACACUUAAACACAAUGUGACCUUGAUUAAAGGAUAAUUCUCUGCAGCAGAUCAUAGCCAUGACUACAAUUUUAUUUGGCUGCUAUGUUCAUAAAUGCUCACAUAUAGACAGACAUUAAAGGCACAAGGUGAAAUUCAUGGUUUAAAAUUGUAAUAAAGUAAGUCAGUUAAAAUAACCGUAAAUUCAUAGUAUUCAGGGAUCCAGUCAAACCCUUGUAAGCUCGGUCCUGCACAAUCCGGCACAUGAAGUUCCCUCUCACACGUAAAACAACAUACAACUCAAUUACAGCAACAUUUAAUCUUCCAUUUUCCCCAUAGGAACUUCAUUAAGACAGUUAGGGAACAUUUAAAGCCAUAAAUAGCUAAGAUAGAUCUAGCCAAUGGACGGCAUUUUUACAUAGAUUAUAUGUACUGUAAAUUCGUCGAAAAGUAAUUUAAGAAUAAAAUACAGCUAUAAUCUAUUGCGUUGCGUAGUAAGUAUUGUGUGUGCGUAUGUCAUUGAAAAAAAAACCAAUGAACAGCAAACAUAUUUAAUUGUAAAUAAUCAAAUACAGAUGUAGAUUCUUAUCAUAUUUACACUAAGUCUUCGUUUUAUUUUAGUAAUUAUAUAUUGGUAUAUGUGUAUUUAAAUUAAAUGACAUGUAAUUGACAUUAAAGUGUUGCAUGGAACAAAAAAAAUUUUAA